AUGCCACCAAAGCGCGGUGCUGCCCCAGCAAAAUCCCGUCUGGCACCGAAACGCGCCUCUAAGCUUGCCAAAGAGAAUGGAUUGAGUGCUGACCAAGAGGCCGAGAUUCGUGAAGCCUUCGGUCUCUUCGCUGUACAUCACCCAGAUCAUGAGGACUCGAAGGAGGGUGUUUUGCGCAAAGACGAUGUGCGGCGAUGUCUAAUCUCCCUGAACCUCGCGCCCGAGAAGUCCGAGAUCCCCUCCAUACUUGCGACCAUCGACCCACUCAAUACCGGCUUUGUCGACUUCGUACCGUUCCUCUCCUAUGCCGCUAUUGCCAUGCACUCGAAAGAAGCCGGGUCAGACGAAGACAUGGAAGACGAGGAUGACGAGUACCGAGGCGAGAGCAACGCAGAGGAAGUCAGCGCAGGGUACCAGCUGUUUACUCAUGGUGGCCCUGGACCUAUCACAUUAGGGCAUCUGAGGAGGAUAGCGAAAGAAUUAAGAGAGGACGUACCGGACGAUGUCUUGAGGGAUAUGAUCCUCGAGGCGAAUGGCGGCGUACGAACCAAAGGCAAGGAUGUUGGCGGGGUCUCGUUGGAAGAGUUCGAAAGCGUGAUGAAGCGGGCUGGGCUGUCUUUUGGAUGA